UGGUCGCGUGGGGUCCGCGAGGGCGUCCGAGUGCCGCAGCCGCUGCCGGGCGUGGGAGCGUGGUCCACCGUCCGAGCGGAGCGCCGAGGCGGAGUUCGGAGAGGAGUCGCCGACGGAGCUCGGAGAGGGGCCCCGCCGCGUAUGGACGAUGCGUGGUUCGGCCCAGCUCGUCUUCGUCCUCUGGACGGCGCUCGGUGCAGUGUUGUGCCAGCAGCAGCGGUUCCGGGUGCGACCGUCCAACGUCAGCGUGGUGGAGGGAGACAGCGCCAUCUUGCGCUGUGAGGUGCACCAUCAGGUCGGCCAGCUGCAGUGGGCCAAGGACGGGUUCGCCUUGGGCUAUUCGCGCUCGCUUCCCGGGUAUCCUAAAUACCGCAUGCUGGGCGACCCGGGCUCAGGAGUGCAUGACCUCGAGGUCACCAACGUGAGCCUGGACGACGACGGCCGGUUCCAGUGUCAGGUCUCACCGAACAGGGGGCAGGCGGCCAUCAGAGCUGACGCUCUCCUCACCGUACUCGUAAAGCCGACGUCGGUGACUGCAAGCUCCACCGGCCGAUCUCCAAGGCCCGGCUUGUAUGAGGUCAACGAGGGUAGUCAGCUGACGUUAAAAUGUGACGUCACCGGCGCCAGACCGGCCGCCAAUAUUCAGUGGCAGCGAAACGGCAUUGAUAUCGACAUUAGGCAAGAGGACUCGUUCGCCGGCUGGGGCAGUCCCCGCCGUAACGACACGACCUCGGUGGUGACUCUGCGGCCCACUGCUGCUGAUGAUGGUGCCGGCUACUCGUGCGUGGCCAAACACCCGGCCAUCCGACCGGCCGAGCAGCGCCAGCUCAACUCUACCGUGCGGCUCUCCGUCCUCUACCCUCCGGGACUCCCUGAGAUCAGCGGCUACACGGAGGGCGAGGUGGUCAGAAUCGGCGAGCAGAAGACACUGACCUGCAUCUCCCGGGGCGGCAACCCGCCGGCGCAGCUGGUCUGGCUCAAGAACGGUCAGCCGGUCAGCUCCAAGUACCGCUCGAUGCCGGGCCAGGCGCUGGCCGAGCACAGGUUCCGCGCCGCCGUCUCGGACCUGGGCGCCGUGUACCGGUGUCAGGCCACGUCCCCGGUGCAGACCGAGGUCACCGCCGCCUCCGUGCGCACCGCCGUGCAGUUCGGGCCGGAGACCGUCACAAUCAGAGGCACGAAGGAGGCGAAAGGAGGCGAGAGCGUGAGGAUGACCUGUGUGACCUCCAGCAGCAACCCCCCGGCCAACAUCACCUGGGUCAUCAACGGACGGACUAUGAUCAACACCACUCAGAGGAAGGCCGCAGCCCCCGCCGGCGGCUGGGUGACCAGCUCCAACAUCUCCACAAUCAUCCCUCCCGGCAUGGAGGAGAACAUGAUGGUCGCCUGUUACGCACUCAACCCGGCGCUGGGCCUAACCAAAGUCGAAUCGACGAGAGUCAUCGUGCUCCAUCCUCCGAAGCCGCCGAGCAUCCUGGGCUACGAGCCGGGCACGUACCUGCGGGCUGGGGAGCGGGUGUCGCUCUCGUGCGUCUCCCAGGGCGGCAACCCGCCGGCCACCCUGACCUGGUACAGCGGCGACGUCGAGCGGCCGUCGCCGACCACCGUCGAGGACAACGUGGCCCGGGGCGUCAUCACGUUCGAGGUGGACCACAAGGACAACGGCAGGGUGUACAAGUGCGACAGCCAGAACUCGGCCGCCGCCAUACGGCAGACAGCGAACGUCACUCUCCGCGUCUACUUUCCGCCGAGCAGCCUGAAGCUGGAGGUUCGUCCGGAGCGUCUGAGGGCGGGCAGUCAGGCGAUCCUGACCUGUGAGUCCCGACCCUCCUACCCAGCCGCUGAUCUCACCUGGUGGCGGGACAACGCCCAGGUCACCGAUGGAGUCACGGCGCUAGAAACGUUCCCGGCUGGAAGUAAUGGCGGGUCGUCCAGUCGGCUGCAGCUGCGACGGAACUUGACGUGGGCCGACGACGGUGCCGUGCUCACCUGCAGCGCCGACGUGUCUGUGCUCAGAGGCGCCGUGCAGAACCAUAUCACUCUCCACGUGGCAUACCCGCCAGUGUUCAGCAAAAAACUCUACACGGAAGACAUUCGGGUCGGCACAUCUCGCGUGCUAAACCUGACAGCCCGCGCCAAUCCCGGCGAUGUUGCAUACCGCUGGUCCAGAAGGUCACCGACAGAUGGCACCAGAGUGCUACCCAACGGACCACUGCUGAAUCUGUCGGCGGUGACCAGAUUGGAUGCCGGAUGGUAUCACUUGCAGGCUACAAACGCCCAGGGAAAAACGAAAGUUCGUGUCCACGUCAACGUGCAGUAUCCGCCAGAGAUCAGCUCGGUCUCCACGGUAUCGAUGGUGUCGCCCGGGGAGGACGGCGUCCUUGAGUGUGUGGCGGACGCCAACCCCACGACGGCUGACAUGAUCACCUGGCACCGGGACGACUUCGACUUUAGCGACAGCAGGGUCACCAUGUUCUACGGCAACGGCUCGUCAUACCUGACCGUGCGCAACGCCACGAGGGAGGACAUUGGCGAGUUCCUGUGCCGGGUCGACAACGGCGUUGGAAAGGUCACCGCCACGGCCAGGCUACUGGUGAAGCACGCGCCAGAGAUCGACCCCAGGCCUCAGUUCACCAAGGCGGCGGCGGAAGUCAGCGCUGACGCGUACCUGGCGUGUCGCGCGAGCGGCGUGCCAAACGUUACCUUCGAGUGGUCAAAGGGCGGCGUGCUCAUAGACGGCACGAUCUACUCCAAGUACCAGCUGACAUAUGCGCAGGUUGAUCUGGUGACCUGGCAGUCGGUGCUCAAGAUCAAGGACGUGCAGGUCUCGGACUACGCCACCUACGAGUGUGUGGCUCACAAUGAGCUCAGCUCCAGACGCCAGGAGCUGGUGCUGGGCCGUCCCAGCUCCCCUGACCCGCCGACGGGGCUGAAGGUGGUCAACGUGUCCCACGACACGGCCACACUCUCCUGGUCUCCAGGCUUCGACGGAGGGCUCCUGCAGAUGUACAGGAUCCGGUACUCAGAGGCAAACGGCGGAGACGAGUUCCAUUACAAGGACGUCCAGCCGGCGAAUAUCUCCGUCUUCACGGUGGCAGGCCUCCAGCCGAGCAGCCAGUACAGUGUGUCCGUCAUGGCCUACAACAAGCUGGGCGACAGCGGCUUCUCCAGGGACGAGAUCCGGCUGAAAACCUCGGAUGACCCUGACACCGCUGAGCUGGUGGUGUUUGAAGAGGGUCAGCUUCCGUGGAUCGUCAUCAUCGUCGUCUCUUCCGUGGGCGGGCUGCUUCUUCUUCUGAACGUCGUGCUUGUCGUGUUCUUUAUACGGCGACGAAUGCAGAGGGCGAAUCAGAAAGUGGUGGAGUCAGCCUCGGCCAGCGAGGCGAGCACCAAGUCAGAGACACUCCACAUGUACGGCAACGAGACCGUCAGCUCGAUGUCGGUGAAGAGCGGCGAGAGCUAUACUCGCGAGGACAGUAUGGAUGAGUAUGACGUCAACCGGCUCAGUUACGAGCCAUACGCGCGCGGCAGUGUGGUGGAGCCGCCAGCCGAGUACACCAACCAUCUGAGGUCACCGUCGCGUGCCGAGUACGGCCACGACCAGUACGUGGAGGCCCUGCGGCGCAACUCCUAUACGUACACCACAGGCUCUGGCAUCGAGCCAGCCGGCAACCAGUUCAGCAACUACACGACCCAGCCGCCGCGCGCCCCCCACUUCCGCUCGCCCCAGUUUAACACGCCCACGCCCGACCUGCUGCACUCGAGCGGCCCCAGCGGUGUGAAAGGCUCGGUGCCGCAGCUCAGUCUGCAGUCCACCUACUACCCAGAGACGCGCCACUACUCGACGCUGCCCCACCAGCGGCCGCCGUCGACCAAGCCGCUCUCCAGCUUCGGCCGGCUGGCCAGCCCGCCGCCGCCGUCCAUACCGGAGGCGACGCUCGAGCACCGCGGUCACCUGGUGUAGCCGCCACAUCACGUGAUCUGCUCUCGGCUGUGAUACACGGACGCGCGCGGGCGCCGCGUGUUGUUGGUGCGUGUGUGUGCGUGUCUGUGUGUGGGCGAGGGCGCGCCAAGAGAAGAAGCGGUCGGAACGCGCUUGACUUGGGAAGAGGGACGAGACGGACCGCUCAGAGGGCGCACAGUGACACCUCAAGCGCCGGCCGAUGCUGACGCUUGCAAUCCGAGAAACGACGACGUCGCGCGUCAAGCCCGUGCUGUUCUCGUGCGAUACAGUGGUUGACGUUUUUAGCCUCCAAGAGACUGAAACGAUUGGUUGGAUGUUGCCCUGAUGGUAUAACAGCCGCUCUUCUCUGCUCAUUGCGUAGAUUUUGCAACCUAUGUAAGGAUUUUUUCACACCAUUUUUAUUACGCUCUAGUCAUGCGACUCUCGCUGGUGUGCGCGACCGUUUGCAGUGAUGUUGUGUUGCUGGACUAAUUCGUAUGUAGUGGCAGGACGUGCAGCGAUGUUGCAAGCUUUUGCGCUACUCUGUGGGCAUGCAACUUUGUAAGACAUCAUAUUUUGUACCAAUAUACGAUGAAAACACAA